CGACGAGACAGAUUAUUCUUCAAGCCAAUAGCUCAUACCGCAUAAAGUUUCAUCUAGAAAAUUAAACAUCAGUGUGGUGUAAACUUGGGACCUUAAAACACUACAAAAGAAAAGAUCAACAGGUGGAUGACAUCCCCACCAGUGUCCCGCCUUCGCUUAAUUUCAGUGAGUGACAGUGCUCAUUUGAAGAUCAACAAACAAUAGUACCGAGCUUACCUCUUUUUGAAUGGGCAAUUCAAACUUGGUCUUGAAUAAGUGGUGUGAGAUACAGGUAUCUAAACGAUCAGAGGGCACUUUCGUGAAACCCUGGCAACGGGCGGACAUUGGAGCGUGCGUGCGAAAGCGAGCAAUAAGAUGACAGGACAUAAAUCCAAUGACGAACUCUCACCCAAGUCAUCACGCUGCAUCGUUUGUCAUGCUCCGUCUGACUUACAGUCAUAUGUACGAAUACGAUGUCAGAUUUCACCGCCCUUUGACGUUGUCAACCCUAAGGCUAUUGAUUAAACAUGAAGCCAAUAAUCGUGCAUUCUGCCAGCUUUCAAUUAUUUAAAUAUUUUACAGGUGCUGUACAGCUUCAAAUUAAAGAAAACGUCUUUAAUUGGGUACCAUCGAGUAGUUCUUGGCGAUUUCUUUAAGCUCAAAGUUAAACAAAGCCACGAACCCGUCUUUUUCACCCCCCUUUAUAUCUCCACAACCACGAUAUUACAUAUUGUAUGAUUAUUCAAGUCGAUACCUUGCUUGGUAACGAUCAAUUUAAUUCUCAUAAUAUUUCACAUAAAUACGUGCUUCAGACUUGGUAUUCCGAGGCGAGUUCAAAGAUUUGGUCCGUACAAAUGUACCUAAGGACGAGACGAGAUCGUGGGGCUCACCCAUCCUGAUUAAAGCUAGGUACUUUCAUUACGGACGUGGCUGUGGCUGUACCAUAAGUUUCCCAUGACGUCAAAGAUCUCACAUUUAGAUCCGAAAGCUCUUGGACACAUGGUAUGGUGGUACUGAUGUGUCCUGUAGUGUCGAACGCUGAUGCUAUAAAGAUGGAGCCCAUGCCCCCAGACGAUCUAUGAAUUUAAUUGGUGAUACCAACUACCCUCUCAUUAUCGCAAGCCCCCGCGAUGCCCGGAGCCCAAGCUGUGACCGAGGCAGAUAGAAUCUACACAGCCGACCAAACGUCGAACACCAUUACCGUCAUCAAGCCCUUGACAAACGAGGUCCUUGGAACGAUUGCCCUUGGCCUUCCUCGAUUGACCAACAUCCUGAAUCCGCAAUAUCUCCAAGUCGUCAACAGUCACGGGCUGGGUUUUUCUCUUGACGGGAAAUUUCUCAGUCAUGUCAGCGUUACCACAAAUACGCUGACUGUGAUUCGUACUGCCAAUAACAGUAUCGUUUCACAAACUUCUGUCGAUCGGGCUUCUCAUGAAGCAUUUUUCGAACAUGACGGUCGCACGGUGUGGGUUGCAUGUCGUGGAACCAAUUUCGUUGAUUUAGUCGAUGGUUGGGAAGGCGGGGUGGUUGAUCGUAUCGAAACACUUCCUGGUCCCAGCAAAGUCCUAUUCAGCCCUGAUGGGAAACUGGCAUAUGUCAAUCAUAUUAAAUCACCGACGAUCAGUGUCAUUGAUGUCAACUCACGGAAAGUCGUCGAUACAAUCACAGGUCUUGGAGAUACCUUCUCGUCAGAUAUGAUGAUAUCUGCGGAUGGAGCACGACUUUGGGCUGUCCAUAAGAUGGUUGGGACAACAAGCAUUAUCGAUUUGGAGGCCAGGAAAAUUGUUAUAAUCCUAGAUACUGGACUUGAAAGCAAUCAUCCAAAUUUUGCGAUCAUGAACGGGACUACCUUUGGAUUCAUUACUGUCGCCGCCUCAAACGAGACCAAAAUUUACCGCCAGGACACUCCAUCCUGCGUCCCUGUUUUCGUAAGGUCUAUUCCGGCAGCCGGUAUAGAACCACAUGGAAUCUGGGGAAGUCCGGACAAUAAGUUCAUGUACUGGGUCAAUGAACACAGCGAUACCGUCGAUGUACUCGACACGAGCACAAUGAGAGUUGUCUCCACCCUUUCCGUCGGACAAGAAAGUCAAGCCUUAGUUUUCGUUGCCGGCGCCGUUCCAACUUGGUCCAAUACGUCAGGAUUGGAGAAUCUAGGACGUCAAGGCUUAGGAAAGCGAGUCGAGAAUCGUUUGAUUUCUGUAACAAACUCCACAAAAGCGACUGCUCUUUUCACUCUCAGGGAGUUGGAAGGACUCGAUAUGGUGCAGAUUAUUGGCCGGUCGCUGAAAAUCAACCAGACUUAUGUCGCGACGGCAGCGUGCAAAGGAUGUGCGAAUGGAGGACCAAGAUUGAGUAUUGUAAAAUUCAAAGCAACUAUGCCAAUUCCUGGAGAACUCGGAUGUGCGGUUGCCCCGCAAGUUUUGAGUUUCUUACCGUUCUUUGAUAAUUAUGAUAUCGAUAGCUUGAGGUUAGGAAUAGUCUGAUUGACACUUUUUUUGACAUAA